GCCUCCACGAAAGCACGGUGCCCCGUUGGAAAGAUCAUGCAGACUUCGCAAAAUCCUCCAGCCGAGGCUCACUCCAAAAUGGGAUCUGUAACCAUGUCCUCCUACAGCUCUUUGUUAUCAUCGAAUUCAUCGGAGAAUGAUUGGCCCCAUGACAUGCUAUUUGAGAUCUCCGACCACCCGGCCUUCAACGAAGAGCUCCAGGGAGCGUACUCGAUGCCACCUCCCGCUUGCCAGCAGAAUCCUUUCCUCCUGCAGGCAAAUGGCACUCACGUUAAACAAACCGAUGCCGGCGAUUGCACCAAAAAUAAGAAUGCUUUGAAGACUGCUUUGAGGGAAAGUAGCACCAAAAUUGCAUUCAAAACAAAAUCGGAGGUUGAGAUGUUGGAUGAUGGAUACAAGUGGAGGAAGUAUGGAAAGAAGACGGUGAAGAACAACCCAAAUCCAAGGAAUUACUAUCGCUGCUCAAGUAAAGGAUGCAUGGUCAAGAAGAAAGUCGAGAGAGAGCGUGAAGACUCGAGCUACGUGUUAACCACCUAUGAGGGGCUCCAUAAUCAUGAUGCUCCCUCCCCUGCAAUAUCUUGCCAUCUCGACUUCAAGCACUGGACGCACCUAAUUCCAUGACCUCUCUUCAUGACAAAUAUUUGUAAUGACACCGACAGAGGUUUGUCAGGGUAAGAAGAAUUAUAUGUUUACAACAUAACUGAUGCAAUCACGCAUUUGAUCAUUAUCCCUUCUAGAGCAAAACUACUGCAAGAUAUGUUUAACUUCAGCUAUCGAAAUAAUAGAAAGAACAAUGUACAGGUCAUGAACUAAGGGAGACAAUGUGCUUUUAGAUAUCAAAUAGUGACAUAUGCUAGGGGUUCACAGCCUCCUACGAAAGUGUACCAUCCAUGUACUUCCCCAAUCAAAGAACUAAUGAUAUUCAACUCAAACAUUUAAACUAUUUGACAGUCAUGCUUGCAUCAAGUGUUGGUGCUCUGACAACUUUUCGAAUCCUAGCGUGCAUAUCUUCAAGAUCAAGAAAGUAUCAGGGAAUUUGGGGAUUGCAUAUUGAAAACAAGGGGGCACAAGGGUGUGAUUUUUUGGGUGAAUUGACACACUGUUGAUUAUAUAUUGCUACUGGAGAUGGUAUUGAGUCAUUUUAGACAAAACAGAGUGACAUACAUGGUACGCAACUAGCCAAAUAUUGCAUGCACAUGAAGACAACUACACCCAUUCUUGCAUCUAGAAGCGACUCAAAAGGAACCAGCCAAAUGUUGCACGCAUUUGCAGACUAGCAAACCCAUUACUGCACCUAGACAUGACUCAAAAGGAGUAUGUUGAAACCGUGCACAUUACUGCAACCCUAGUCUGUUGAAGAAAACCUGAUGGAUGCAUACUGCUUUGAAGCAGACCAAAUUCAACAUUCAUAUAUAAAUGUAUCAUGAAUGCACACACACACAGAGAGAGAGAGAGGGAGUAGAAAACAAAAGAUAAUUGUGACAAGUGAUGCAUGGUCAAGGAUGUUGAAAGCCGCUUCUUAAUUUCAGAGUCCACAUGGUGUCCUCAAACCAAAACUGUAAUCAUGCAAAAGCUUUUAAUGCUUACUCAUAAACAAUAAACUAAUAUAUUUAUAAGCUGGCAUGCUCUGAUUUCCUCUUGAACAAGCUCUGCCAAAUAAUUAUUCAAUAUUCUGAUAGAUCAACGAGUUCAUAUAUAGAACUAUCGUAUAGUGGGAGGUGCCACCAUCAAUAGGCUGUUACAGGAGCUUUCCCUUCCACAUAUCUAGCUGCUGAUAGAAUCUCGCUUUGUGUCUCAUCAUCUCUUUGUCAACAUAAAUGGAAAGAGUAAAGGAUUCCCUUUUGUUUCCUCCUUAACGAGAGUUAUAAAUUAAUAGCAAUCACCAGAAGCAGGUUUGAGCUGAACUAAAUGAUAUCUAUUGUCUGGCCCACGGUAGGGCUUCCUUGUUUCAGGUCCACAUGCAGCUUUGUUGUUUACCAUUUGAAACCUAGGUGCAGUUUCCUUAUGAUUGAACAGAGUAUCAAAGCAUGCAAACACAGUUUUCUGUAUGUAUUAGUACUGAAUAAA